AUGGAGUUUACAUGGCUUAGCCCAUUUAUUUGUCUUCUUUUGUAUUUCCAAGCUAUAUGUUCUCCUUCUCUCCCUUUCCCAAUAUUGUGCCCUCAUGACCAAGGUCUUGCCUUGCUUCAAAUCAAGAAAUCCUUUUCUACUAGCACUUCUGCUUCUUUUGUACAUCACGAGCUAGAGUCUUGGAAAGAGGGGACAGAUUGUUGCUCCUGGAAUGGGGUUGAGUGUGACACUGAGACUGGCCAUGUAAUUGGCCUCAAUGUUUCUGGUCGCAUGCUUCAUGGCGCCCUCAAUUCCAACAGCACACUUUUUUCCCUUACUCACCUCCAGACACUUGACCUUUCAAACAAUGAUUUCAGUGGCUCCCAUAUUCCAUCUCUGUUUAGUCACUUGUUGAAUUUGACAUGUCUCAACCUUUCGUCUUCAAAUGUUGCGGGCCAAGUUCCAUCAGAGAUCUCUCUUCUGUCCAAAUUGGUUUUUCUUGAUCUCUCUUUUAACGAAAACUUGGUGCUAGAAACAACUUCUUUUACCAAGGUUGUCCAAAAUCUAACCAAGCUAAGAGAACUCAGUUUGAGUACAGUUGACAUGGCUUCGGUUGCACUCCAUUCCUUGAUGAAUCUUUCUUCUUCUUUGUCAUCUCUCAGGCUUGUGUCUUGUGCAUUACAAGGAAAAUUCCCAGAUGAAAUAUUCCAUCGAUCAAACCUUCAGUUGCUUGAUAUAGAGGACAAUAAGGAUCUCACUGGCUCUCUUCCCAGAUUCAAUGGUAGUAGUCGCCUCUGGUUCUUAGCUCUUUCUUUCACAAGCAUCUCAGUAUAUUUAGAACUUGAUUUCUUUAGUAGUCCACAUUCGUUAAAAGAAUUGUAUCUUAGUAGUUGCAAUGUUAUGGGGUCUAAUUUUGCAUUUCUUGGCAAUCUUACACAACUCACUCGUUUGGACCUCUCCGGAAAUAAUUUCAAUGGUCAAAUCCCACCCUCCCUUGGAAUCCUUGAGCAUCUCGACUUUCUAGACCUUUCAAAUAACAAUUUUAGUGGUCUAUUUCCCUUUGUAGUUUAUAACAGGGAUAAUCCCUUCCCAAGUAGGCAACUUUUCAUCUCUGAAUCAACUCUACUUAUUCGAGAACUUCCUAAAGGGAGCAUUACCGCCAUCCUUGUUUUCUCUGCCUUCUUUGAAGUAUAUAUUUCUUGGGAAUAA